GCCCCGGCUCCGGCGCCGUCCCUCCUCACGGGCCGGGCGCCGCGGCCCCGGCAUGAGGAGCGGGCGAUGAUCCCUGCCAACGCCUCCGCCAGGAAGGGGCCCGAGGGCAAGUACCCGCUGCACUACCUCGUGUGGCACAACCGCCACCGGGAGCUGGAGAAAGAGGUCCGCGCCGGCCAGGCGGACAUUGAGCAGCUGGAUCCCCGUGGUCGGACUCCCUUGCACCUGGCCACCACAUUGGGACACCUGGAGUGUGCCCGCGUGCUCCUAGCUCAUGGUGCAGAUGUUGGCAGGGAGAAUCGCAGUGGUUGGACAGUACUGCAGGAGGCUGUGAGCACCCGGGACCUGGAGUUGGUGCAGCUGGUGUUGCGGUACCGGGACUACCAGCGGGUGGUGAAGCGCCUGGCGGGCAUCCCCAUGCUCUUGGAGAAACUGCGUAAGGCUCAGGAUUUCUACGUGGAGAUGAAGUGGGAGUUCACUAGUUGGGUGCCCUUGGUAUCCAAGAUCUGUCCUAGUGACACUUACAAAGUGUGGAAGAGUGGGCAGAACCUGAGGGUAGACACCACGCUUCUGGGCUUUGACCAUAUGACCUGGCAGCGAGGGAAUCGCAGCUUCGUCUUCAGGGGCCAAGAUACGAGUGCUGUGGUCAUGGAGAUUGACCACGAUCGCCGUGUAGUAUACACAGAGACCCUGGCACUGGCCGGGCAAGACAGGGAGCUGCUGCUGGCUGCUGCCCAACCGACUGAAGAACAGGUCCUGAGCAGACUUACUGCACCUGUCGUCACCACACAGCUUGACACCAAGAACAUCUCCUUUGAGAGGAACAAGACUGGCAUUCUGGGCUGGCGCAGUGAGAAGACAGAGAUGGUGAAUGGGUAUGAAGCCAAGGUAUAUGGGGCAUCCAAUGUGGAGCUCAUCACACGGACACGGACAGAGCAUCUUUCAGAGCAGCAUAAGGGCAAGGUCAAAGGCUGUAAGACACCAUUGCAGUCUUUCCUUGGAAUUGCUGAGCAGCAUGGGGGCCCCCAAAAUGGGACCCUGAUCACCCAAACCCUGUGCCAAGCCAACCCCACUGCCAUCACCGCAGAAGAAUACUUCAACCCCAGCUUUGAACUUGGCAACAGGGACAUGGGCCGGCCCAUGGAACUGACCACCAAGACGCAGAAGUUCAAGGCCAAGCUGUGGCUGUGUGAGGAGCAUCCAUUGUCCCUGUGUGAGCAGGUGGCUCCCAUCAUUGACCUCAUGGCCGUCAGCAAUGCGCUCUUUGCCAAGCUUCGGGACUUCAUCACUUUGCGCCUGCCUCCCGGCUUCCCUGUCAAGAUUGAAAUCCCGAUCUUUCACAUUCUCAACGCCCGCAUCACCUUUGGGAACCUCAAUGGCUGUGAUGAGCCCGUACCCUCGGUGCGAGGCAGCCCCAGCAGUGAGACGCCCUCCCCAGGCAGCGAUUCCUCCAGCGUCAGCAGCUCCAGUUCCACGACCUCGUGCCGUGGCUGUGAGAUCUCCCCUGCGUUGUUUGAAGCCCCACGAGGCUACAGCGUGCUGGGUGGCCAGCGAGAGGCAGCAGCUCGCGACGACGACGACGACCUGCUGCAGUUUGCCAUCCAGCAGAGCCUGCUUGAGGCGGGCAGUGAGUAUGACCAGGUCACCAUCUGGGAGGCUCUGACCAACAGCAAGCCAGGCACCCACCCCAUGUCCUAUGAGAGUCGCCGGCAGGACAGGUGUGCCUCCCCGCCCCCAGGAGCGCUCCGCCCACGCCACUGCGGCAGUCCGCGCCGCCUGCACCGGUGCCCAGCCCUCGGCCCAGCCCUGGCUCAGGCUCCAGGGGCCACGUGUACCGGAGCUACGACGAACAGCUGCGGCUGGCGAUGGAGCUGUCUGCGCAGGAGCAGGAGGAGCAGCGGCGACGCGCGCGCCAGGAGGAGGAAGAGCUGGAGCGCAUCCUGCGACUCUCGCUGACCGAACAGUAGCGCCCCCUGCUGGGACCCUCGCCCACUCCACGCAGGACCCGACCUGGGACCCCAGGGAGACACCGUGGCCUGUGCAUCUGCCAAGCCGCAGCUGGAUUCUGGAGCCAUCGCUUGGGGGUGUAGCACCGCACCAGGCAUGAGUCAGGAGGGGUUUGACCUGGGCGUGGGGUAAUUUUCCAGGCCAGAGCCCUAGAGGUGCAGCUGGCCCCCUGCUUUGCUGUAUGGUGACCCCCAGCCCGCUUUCUGGGCUCAGAUCUGUCCAAGGGCGGGAGGCAGGCGGUACUGAAAAGGAAACGAAUCCUUAGAGGAGCAUUGUCCCCAUCCCUUGCUCCUUCUUUCUCCUCACUGACCCCACUCCAGGACACUGCCCCUGAAGCCUUUGCAUCUCAGCUCUUCACCCCUGGGGAGGCAGCUGAGCUCCCAGCGUGCUGUGUCGCUGCUUUGUCCCAGACACAAACCAGCACAUCAAGGGCCCAGCCCCUCUCCCACCCCGGCAUUUCAGCGUCAAGUGCACUUAGCGGGGUGCCCGGCUCCCCCAGCUCCCACACCUGUCCUGUGUCUCAGGGUGGUCCCAGCUUCUUAGGCACCCAGGGGUUGAAGUUUCCAUGCCCAAAGCACGUUUUUUUUUGUGUGUGAUCAGAGAGUAUGUCCAAGGUGCCCCCUGAGUCUGGGUAAGGCUUGAUUUCCCUCCUGGUGCCUUGGACAGUGGGGGAGGCUUAUUGACUUGGGGAGGCAUAUUGGCUUGGAGGCAAGUACUAGACCCAACACAAAGGGGUUGAUCAGGACCCUGGCAUGGCCACCUACCCCUUCCCACCAGCUGCUGCUAGCCCUCUGUGGUUGUGCAUCCCUCUUGCCCCAACUCAGGGGCUGACUAAAACCUUUUAUCCAAUGGUGCUAACUCCCGGCUCUCCCUGUCCUGCCCUACCCACCCAGAGAAGCACAGGCCCCAAGGGGGGCAGGGACCCACUGCACACCCUUGUCCUCUGCCUCCUUCUGACUGGCCUUCCCUGGCUCAGCCAGUGAGGCUCAGAAGGGGCACAAAAAGGGGAAAGAAGAAAAGAGCAACAAAGAGAAAUUGUUCCUCCCACUCCCUUCCCUGAUGCCAGGGGCACCAGACUGAUUUUGAGGCACAAAUAAAAGAGGCUUCAAAAGGAA